GGUACCUUCACUUUCUAUACAUAUGUAAUAUGGUUAAUCACUUUUGGGGCACGUCAACAUCUCGCAGCUAAUUAUUCGAUCACAUCCGAUCCAAAUGUAUUUUCUCCGAUUCGCUUACGCAGUUAAGUUAAGACGACUUGUUGCGCUCGCUCGUUCGCUCGCUCAUCUCGUAAGUAUUCGUGUUUUCAAAAGUGUUGUGCUGUGUUUCGCGGUUCGCGGAGGUCAUCUUACUACCCUUAAGGCGUAGGUUAUAUUGGGGAUGGGGAUGCGAAUGCGGAUGCGAUGGCUAUCGUUAUUCGGUCUUGCAGCCUAUCACUUGAUGCUUUUCACUUGGACAUCGUUUACGAUCUGCACCCUACCGACGCCGACAGAGGCAACUUUCCACGAACACGUUCAUAUUCGCGUACACGUGCCAAAAAUAAAGAACGAAGUUCACCACAGAGAGAAAACCAUCGUCAAAGAAAUACCCGUCUUUCGUCCUCGUUACAAGGAAAGUAUCGAGACUGCACCCGCUCACAUGGGUGUUUAUCCAAUUAGCGGCGUCGGUGUCGGCGCUGGCGCUACUGCCACAGCCAGCGGAACAGCGGCAAGUGGCGCUGAUAAUCUUCUCGACGACACUGUAACGGGCUUAGCGAGAGACGAUUUUCAUCAUCGUAAUUCAUUGUCGAUCGAUGGCGAUGGAGACCACCACCUGGUCCACACCGACGGCGAUGAUGAUGACGACGACGACGUUGAUGAUGACAGCGACGGCUACGAAAACGAAAUUAUGCUUGACGAAGGCGUCGUACAAUCAACAUAUCCGUAUUCGCAUCCACAUCAUCUGUUACACUCUGUACCAACAUCAACACGUAAUCUACCGCCGCCGUAUCAUCAAAUCCUGCCUACAGCAUGGUCAUCAACAAAGCCGCAUCAAACAAUAUCUGUAGUACCUGGUACUUCCUUCGCGUCUUCUUCGGCCUCUGCCAGCAAGAGUACCCACGAUACGUUGCUGGCUUUGUACAGAAACAUGGUAGGUUCCGGUCAAGCUCCUGUCGCAAGCAGCUUUAGCAGCCAUAGUCACAAUCGUCAUCAAAAUAUCGCAGACUAUUAUCAUACGGCAAUGGAUGAUCUCAGAAGAGGCAAGUGAUGGCGUUCAAUUUGUAAUCGGCCACCUUAAUCCUUACAUUUGGCCGAUCUUCAUCAGACAAGCACGUGUCCGACUUUCAAAAAUUUUGAAAAAAAAAUACAUCGCCAAAAAAUAUUAUUUUAAAAAUUUUACAUUGUUUUGUCUGACUUUCAAGAACUUGGCACAAAUUUCGAAAAAUUCAUGACAUCAUAUCAGCCUCUUAAAAACUUGUGAAAAAAUUACCAAUUUCUGACAAUUUGACUUUGAGUAACAUUAAAUGGACGUUUAGAUCUCAAGUCCGACUUUCAAGAGAGCUUGUAAUAAAAUUAUUUAAAAUCACAGAAGACUUAUUGACGUUC